AUGGGCGCCGUGCUGUCGCCGGGCGGCCGGCGUCCCGGUUGCCACGACGACCGGCCGUCCAUCCUGCUGCCGGCGCUCACCUGGAAGCGGCUGGUCGCCUCCAGCCGGAAAAGGGGCGGAGCCAAGAGGGGCCGCGGCGGGCCGGCGGCGCCGACCGACCCGCUCGGCCACAACAACAACAGCAUCAACGUCUACCAGAACCACAAGGACCCGGUUCUGCUGCUGAACCGCCACAACGCCAGGACGGCGCCGCCAUGCGCCAGCCUGUGCAGCUACCGGGGGAUCGGACCGGGUCAGGUGAUUGGAUCGGGUCAGGGGCUGGUACCUGGUCAGGUGAUCGGACCGGGUCAGGUGAUCGGAAUGGGCCAGGGGCUGGUACCGGAUCUGGGGAUCGGACCGGGCCAGGGGCUGGUUCUCGUACCGGGCCAGGGGCUUGGGAUCGGACCGUGUCAGGGUCAGGGGACUGUACCAUUUCACGGUCAGGGGACUGUACCAUUUCUUGGCAAAGGGACUGGACCAGGCCAGGGGUUUGGACAUGAACUUGGACUGGGCCCGCACAUCGGAUCGGACCAGGGGUCAGGACUGGGGUCGUUACCGGGCCGAUCCGGGCCGCCGGCCUCUGUGCGGCGGGCCUUCCAGGGCGCCGCCCCCCCCCCGGGUGCCCCCCCCCCCCCUCCGGGCGGCCGUCUGCUGGUCCAGGCCUCCAGCGGCGAGCUGCUGCGCUGCCUGGGCGGCUUCCUGUGCCGGCGCUGCCCCCGGCUGCCCCGCCUGACUCCCGGCGCCGCGGCGCUAUGGCUACGCGCGGUGGACCGGGCGCUACUCAUGCAGGGCUGGCAGGAGCAGGCCUUCGUUACCCCGGCAACGCUGGUGUUCGUGUACAUGCUGCUGCGGCGGGCGCUGGACGGCGAGCGGCCGGCGUCGGAGCGCCAGCUGCAGGCGGCGCUGCUGGCCUGCCUCUACCUGGCCUACGCCUACACGGGCAGCGAGAUCUCCUACCCGCUCAAGCCCUUCCUGCCCGGCGACGGCGGCCAUGACGGCGGCUGCCGUGACGACGCCCGGCGGGACGCCUUCUGGCGGCGGUGCCUCGCCAUCGUGCAGCGCAGCAGCGCCGACAUGCUGCGCAUCAACGCCGACCCGCACUUCUUCACACAGAUGUUCGCCGAGCUGAAGAGCGAGGGGAACUGGGCCCAGUGA